AUGCAAACGACAUGGUUUCUAAAAAUACGACUUCCAUUUCCAAAAGUGCGAAGUUUUAAACCGGGAGGGCACCUCGAUUCAGAAGAAUUAAUUCAACGUAAUACUCGCAAGGCUCUUGCAACGAUGAACAUGCUGUCAUCUGUUGGUGUGAAUCCUUCUGGUUUCUCCAAAGUUCUUGGCACUAAGUUUUACGCUCACAUCGUUCGACCUCAGCUUGAACACGGUCUAGCUAUCAAUCGCUUCACGGUCUCUCAACUUCACGCUCUAGAGGAAGCCCAGAAUAGUUGCAUCAAGAAAACCUACGGUGCUCGAGGUAAAGCGUCCACUAAGGUUAUGCUCCACAUAUCUAAGCUACCUCUUAUGUCGGAACGAGUCAGUAUACUACAGGCACAGUUCCUCUUUCGUUCCUUAUAUUUGCCAGAAGAUGCACUGCUUGCUUGUCUGUUACCUUAUAUCCGCAAUACCAAAGGAAGCCAGUGGUACGCUCUCUCUCGUACAGCGCUUUGGAAAACGGUGCUGUCUACUACUGAAGAACUCGAUACUCGCUCACUCAAGGCUGCUAAACGACGCUUUCUGCAACAGAAUCUGGAGAGCCGCCAAGGAUGCCGAAACUCCAAGUUGAUUUCUAGCUGCUGUCGAUCAAUCUCUCUGGAUCCUAUACUCUGGUUGCCCAUGUCUAAGUCAGAGCGCAGUCGCUGUAUACGCUGGAGAUUAGGCUGGCUUCCUGGUGGUAAACCUCGACCAUGUCCUAAGCAUCCAACGCAACAGCUAUCUAAAAAUCACGCUAUUAGUUGCCUUGAUAUGCAUCGACGUUUGCUCAUGCCUGAAACAAUACGGGAUCCAUUGUCAUUCCUUCUAAAUAUGCUUCCUUUACGCCCUUCGGUUCCCGCAAACCUAGCCCUUACCUGGUCUCAGCGAUGGCCGAUUAUAUGCUCUCUAUUACAUGAAUUAGAUCAGCUACACCAUAACAAAUUGAUCCCUACUAAGUACCCCCACGGUCAAAAGCUUCUUGUAUGGCUCAAUCAAUUCAUUUAA